AUGUCAGACAAAGAGGAUAACCCUCAAAUCCCUCAGCAAGAGAACAACAACCCCCAGGAAGAGAACAACCAGGGGUCCCCUCAGCCCAAGGAGGAGCAGGACGUUGAGCCAAAGCAAGAGUCUAACUCUGACGACGCUGAGCCUAAACAAGAACCCAAGUCGGACGACGAGUCUAAACAAGACCCCCAGCCUGACUCUAAGCCACAAGAAAAAGAAUUCAAGCCCGAAGCCGAACCCAAGCAAGAGCCUCAGUCAGAAGCUGAGCCCGAACCUCAACCCCAGCCUCAGAAAGAAGAACCUCGGCGGCGCCCACGGAGACCCCGCCCACAGAAGUACCAACAGGACUCGGACACAGAGAACAUCGACCGCGGCGAUAUGGAUAACACCGCUGUUGAGAAGCCUCGUCGUCAGCGCCGCUCACGCCGCCAGCAACAAGACGGCGGUCCCCUCGGCGGCCUCGGCGGUAUAGACCAAGCCGGUGACCUCGUACAAAACACAGCCGGCAAUGCCGUCAACGGCGUGACCAACACCGCUGGCAAAGCUGUGGGAGGCAUCCUAGGCGGCAACAAAGGGGAAGGACAGGACGACAGCGGCGGCAAGGACGAACAGCUGCGGUUGCGGCUGGACCUGAACCUGGAUAUCGAAGUGCAACUCAAGGCUAAGAUCCACGGUGAUCUAACCCUUGGCUUACUGUCAGUUCAGCCCUCCCCUCCUCUUACCAUCUUCCCUGAAAACAUCAAGCUAACCAUACAUAAACAGCAACUAAAACCGAAUGUGAAUGCGCCUAAUAGAAAAAGCAUUUAUCCCACGUCGUCGGCUCUCGUUUAA